CUCCCGUUCCAAUUUACGUACCUUCAAAGGUAUAUAUUGGACGUAGCUCACAAGCCCCGAAACCUGACUUCACCUUAUCCACGAAAUUUCCAAAACUAGACACAGGCCAAAAUUUACGAUCGACAACGAGCUUACUCCAGUCCACAAUCAGCGAUGAUCCAAUCCAAGGACAUGAGACGUCCCGAGACGAUACAAUGGGAUCUCCCCAUCAGCGCCUCCGACUUCGAGAUCUUGAAAAAAGGCUGCAAACCAAGAUCGAUGGACGACCGAUGGUCAGUCCGGCCAACCUACCUACGAGAAAGCCACGCCUACAGCAUCAGCUGGACGCGGAGUUGGACGGGCGACCCGCACUACACCUUGAUCAUCGUGCGGAAUCUCUCCAGCCGGAAAGGCCCCGUGAUCGAAUCGAUGAUCUACGAGUCAUUCACUCAGUCGGACAUCGAUAUCACGGCGGAGAUGGCGAAGCAGGAGGUCAUUUGCCUAUCGAGGAAUAUGCUAGGAUGCGAGAUUAAGGCCUUCCCUGAAAUUGACGAGGAUCAAGUGUUCUCCUACCCUCUAGAUCCAGCCGAUUGAGGAUCUUGGAGGGCAGUUACGAUGUUUCGGCGUAUGAGCAAGGUCAAUUUAAGAUCGGUGCGGAGACAGUCUCAUAGAUCAGAGUCUCGAUGACAUGCGAUGGAAACGGGUAGGACAGGAAAGUGAUGAGUGACAAAGACAGAAUGUAUGCCAGGGAGAUGGCAAUAAGCUCUAUCAAGAAAAGCACAAAAAAGAAGAAAGUUUCGUCAUUGAAGU